AUACUUGGCGUUGCGGGGUUCUCAUCUCUUCUCAAUCAUUACUCUUUUGCUCCUUCUGAGGUCUUUUCCGCUUGAUCGUGGCAUCGUGUUUGCCCAAGUCGAGAUCCAUCAUGGCCGAGAACGCGCCCCGGUCCCACCCGAGCCCGCCAGCUGUGGAACGACGGCCAACUACCGCGGCCGACCCGGUGCCUGACGAUGGUGACUCUGUAUUUGAUCAGAUUUCAGCCUACAGUGACACUACGUCUCUCACAUCGAGCAUCCUAAACUACCGCAAGGAGAAUGGCCGCACAUAUCAUGCGUACAAGGCAGGAUCAUACAUUCUGCCGAACGACACCUUGGAAAAUGACCGCCUAGAUCAGCAGCAUCACCUGUGCCUACUCACUCUUAACGAUCGUUUAUUCAUCUCUCCUGUGGGAAAAGACAAGCCACUCAAGCGUAUUCUCGAUGCUGGUUGUGGAACGGGCAUUUGGGCGCUAGACAUUGCCGACGAGCAUCCAGAAACAGAGGUCACUGGUGUCGACCUCAGCCCUAUCCAGCCAUCAUUUGUCCCACCAAAUGCCUCGUUUUUUGUAGAUGAUCUGGAGGCUGAAUGGACCUAUACCAGGCCUUUUGACUUGAUCUACAUGCGCGCAAUGACAGGGUCUAUCCGUGACUGGCCUAAGCUAUUCCGCCAGGCAUACGAGAACCUCUCUCCUGGUGGCUACAUUGAACUGAUGGAUCCCAUCUACCCGGUGACUUGCGAUGAUGGCACCGUGCCAAAAGACUCCGUAGUAUACAAGUGGAGCGCCCUGAUGAAUGAGGCUGCCACCAAACUAGGAAGUGGUCUGGAUUCUGGCUUGCGCUACAAGGACCAGCUCAUCGAUGCUGGAUUCACGAAUGUCACAGAGGCUCCUUACAAGUGGCCGAUGAAUACUUGGCCAAAGGAUCCGAAGCUCAAAGAACUAGGAGCAUGGGGCAAUGUCAACCUCGUUGGUGGCGUUCAGGGUCUCAGUAUGUUCCUAUUUACGAAAGUGCUGGGGUGGAAUACAGAUGAGCUCGAAGUCUUCUGUGUGGAUGUCAGGAAGGACCUGUGCAACAAAGAGUUCCACGGAUACUGGAGAGUGAAUGUGGUUUACGCACAGAAGCCUUUGUGAAUACGAUACAUCGUUUCAGGGAUUAUCGAGUGUUUCAAGCUAUGUUAAACGACACGUGGUACAUGCGGGAAGUUCGAAACUCACUGUAGAGGCUUGGUCGUCUCAUGCAGGAACCUCUAGCGCCUGCUGGAAUCUGUUGGGGCCCGCUGGACCUUUGGGUACAUCCUGUGUCCGUAGUUCACUCCACUUACUAUAAUCGCCAUGGGAAUAGACACCCUUCUAGACCG